UCCUCUAGAAAUUUCCGGUCUUGUAUUUGCUGUGUUGUGCUGUUUUCACUCACAUAUAUCUGAAACACGGUGAGAGCAGCCAGCAAAACGCACAACAUGUACACGGCCAAAUUCUUCUGUUGAUGUUCCGGCAUUUUGCAACGCGCACGCUUACUUUUUCCAUCAACCACCACAGCACAGCGUACUGAGACGGAAACGUUCAACGUACCGUGUGCACCGUUCAAAACCCCGUAACCAAAAACACCCCAUAGAGGGCGCUUGCGUCAUAAAAGGGACAACAGUGGGCAAUGCAAACGAAAAAUGCAUGCAAAACCAGCCGCAGCUGUCAGAAUGACACUCGGAACAAAACAAAGGCGAAGAAAAAAAGCGACGGGAAAGAGAAAGAACAACAAUAAAUUUCGUCGCAAACAUUUUCUCGCUUGCGGCGCACGGUGCUGGUGAUCUGCAAAAUUGUGUAGUGCGGCUUCCCACUUUCUUUUUGUUUUGGGUUCUCAUCGCUGUUUGUACAUUUUCACGCAAUUGUAAGUGCGUGCGUCACUGACGGUUUACGGAAUUUGCUGCAACCAACCAGAACGGGCGGGCAUCCUGGCGCAACAAUAGUUGCAUCCCGAAACCUGAGAGAGAGACAGGCCAUCAACACAAACCUGAAAAGUAGUGCGAAAUGUAUGGCUAGCUUACUGCUGCGAUCAGCAACGCCCGGCAGUACCAGCAGAACCACCGGAAAGGGCAGCUCCCGGGAGCGGAAGCGUCCGUCGAUCGGGAAGUGAAGAGUGUGUGUGUUUGUGUAUGUGUGUGAGUGGGCCGAACGGCACGGCGGCUCCUCGCCCUACCCCGGGCAGCUGCAAACAAUGCCGAAGCUGCCCCGACGCGUAGUAGCCGUUGCCCCUUAAAAAUAAACAAUAUUACAUCAUUUUGUAACGUGAAGCGCGAUACGACCGGGCAGCAAGAGUGUGGUGUCAAUCCCCUCCCCCACCAAAUGGUUCGUAAAUAGCGUUCUUUGUGUUUGUCGAACGUAAGCUGCUCCUCCGGCUCCUCCGAACACGAGGAGCGGGCGAUUUCUGUCACCAUCCGGGCGAUGGAUAGCAACAAGAACCAGGAGUGCUGCUACGGCAACGGAGCGGGCGGUGGUGGUAUCGGCCUCACGGUGGUCAUCGGGGCGGACCGCAUCGCGAAGGCGGUGUCGGCGGUGAAGUAUCAGAACCAGUUCAACAACAACAACCUGAUCGAGCAGGAAAAUCUAAUGCCACCGGUGCAGGGUCGCGUGGUUGGGAUGGUGCCGGACGACGGGUCGCCCUCGACCAACGGCCAGCAGAAUGGGGUGACGGCGAACGAGUCGCCGGGGAAGGAAAAGGUUCACCUGGCCGAGAAUGGAUCUACCCGCCACCUCGCAUCGUCCAUUUUCACGCAAUCGUCCUCUCCGGCCGCCUCUGCGGGCAGUGACGCGCUGCCCGAUCGGUUGCACCCGACCCUUCCGGAAUGUUUCCUUACCGGCAGUACCAACAACAUCACCAACAGCUUUAAUCCCCCCACAAACGGCGCAAGCCCUGUGUCCUCAUCCACCGGGUACACUAUACAACCGCCCGCUACGUCCUUCGACGUGGCCGCUACCAGCAACGGUGGCACGGUCGUUGAUUUUACCAACAACUCCAACGCACCGGAAGUGGACCAUCCGCCGCUGGUGGCGGCCGCAAACAACGACGAUACGGUCGACCCGGCGGACGAGGGUGACUUUUCCGACAACAAUUCCCUCGGCAACCUGUCGUACGCUAGCGAGAACGGGCUGGUGGAGGAAAUCAUACUGCUGCCGAGCAACGCCUACUCCGACGAUGACAAUGCGUCCACGUCGGAUGACUGUAUCUAUGCGUACCGGGGUGGUGAGCCGGCGGGGGCGGCAGGGCAACUGCUAGACCUGCAGGGCGAUCUGCCGCCGGACGACGAGACGGACUUUCUCGAGAUGGACUUCGAUCCGGAGCCGAGCUCGGAGAUGGAAACCUUUAACCGCCAGCAGGACGGGUUUCUGCUCGGGCUUGACGGUGAGCAGUAUGGUGCGGCGGCAGCCCGACCUCCGGAAGGUCAGCAUGGGCCGGAAGUUGAUGGUGGUGGUGGUCCACGAUCACCGACGAACGGAGCGGGGCAGGCUUCGCCGGUACAAAUCGCCGCGGCAACAGCAGCGGAACAGCACGAACCGAAGGGCAAUGAAACGGGUUUAUAUCAUCAAGCGGCCGAAGUGGGUGAAGUACGAGCACCUUUCGCUGGUCCUUUACCGGCAGUGGCACAACCAGAGGACCCGCAAUCGAACGCUCAGCAAGAAAGUAGAGAUCAAAAUGCCACGGUAAGCAAAAGCCCCGAACCGGCCGUGAACCGAACGGAAGCUCACAAAACGGGUGCCAUUCCGAAGAACUUACCGAUCCCGGUGGAUCGACCCCCAACCUUAUCCUCCAACUCGAAGAACCUUCGGCUCGACCUAACGGUGCAUUCGGACGAACCGGAUUUUGUCGAGACGCACCGGUAUCAAGAUUGCUCGCUGUACUACUAUCAACCGGCCGAAUUUUCUGCCAGCACUAGCAAGCGAUCGAAAGGCUUGCAGCAGCAGCAGCAGCAGCAGGAAAAUGAAGCAGAAGAAAUGCACUGUUUGGACUGUGCAGAGCAAGAGUUCCUAAUGCGCACGAAGCAGGACCACCCUACCAGGCAGCGGUACUGUAACAGUUGCAAUGCGACAAAAGGAGAGGGCAGGAUGCGAUCUUCAGCAUUGAAAGCUACGGAUCAUCGCUCGGUGCGAUCGUACGCUGGGCCAAACCGAACGGCGGAAGCGUUCUAUCCCCGUGCAACGGAACCACGGAUGGACGACGAGCACGGUACGGUGGACGAUGAUGAGCUGCUCGAUCUGCGUGCGGAACAGAUCGUGUUUGAGACGCUGCACAAAAUUAACACACUGAAGGAAACGCCACCAACAACGGCUGGGCCGAAGGCAGAGUGUGUGCAAAGCAUGGCAAAGGGAUCGCUCAUGCCUGUGCUGGAGAAGGAUGAUGGUGCGGCCAAAGCACAGUACGAUCAGAUAGUACCGCUCGUCACCCAUCCAAUGACACAACCCAAGCAGAGUGUAACGCUGUACACGGUGAACUGCAACGAAGCGACAAUAACGGAAGCUUUUAUGCACCUUGGCCUUUUACCGAAGGAGAGCGUACUGCGGCAGUACGCAACGGAGCGGCUCGAGGCGGACAAUGCCAAAAUGACCAUACCGCAGUAUCUGCUGCACAUGUCGAAGCGCGACUGCAACUACCGGAAGCUGAUCGACGUCAUCAAAUCCUGCUGUGAUAUGGAACCGCUGGACGUUCAAUACUAUCCGAUCGAUCCAUUCAUGGACGGGCCCGAAAUUGUGCAGAUCUGUUCGAGCGAGAUAGCGAAACACUGGAACGCCAACACGAACCUGCGCCAGAUUAUUCACUUCAAGCACAAACACUUUCACACGUUGAAUGUUCUCGGUAAAAUAGUGAACAUCCUUCGGCAGCCUUCCCGCGGCCGGGACACCAACUACAUGAUCAGUAUACCACAGUACUACAAGAGUGGAAUCAUCAAGAUAAUGCGGAUAGCACCACCCAGCUGGUGAUAAUUGGACAAAACGGCACCAAUGAGCUAGUCAGAUCAGUCGCUGCGGGUGGUGAAAAGGACAGGGGGGGAGGGGGGGGGGGGGGUGUUCCAAGUGGGCAAUCCCAUAGAUUAAGCCAGUGAUUUUGUUUAGCAGACAGACGUACAUACCCGUAAGUAAUGCGUAUGUUGAUGUGAUGAAGGUGAUGAAGCAAAGAGAAUCAGUGUUUUUCUUUUCUUUUUAAAGUAAGUUUGUACUGUUAUUUACGCUUAAAACACACAGAAACACAGAAACACAUACACACAGAUAUACAAACGCUACAAGGUUUUGAUUGUGGGGCAGGUUUUAAAUUGCACGCACCGCAAAGAGUACUAUCAAUAGCCGCGCCGUUGACUGAAGUUGACUGCAGUGGUACCCGGUGACCAGUUAGGAAGGGGCUAGGGACGGGGUAGCUGAGCCCCCGGGCUUUAUGUACAUAUUAGAUAGAAACCUAUUUAUUCUACGGUACCGUGCGCAAACAGGCUGCGCUGCGCAGAUGGAGAGCAAAACCCCCAAACCCACGUGGCGAUGGAGAACGCGUUUGUGAAAGUUUGCAUAAAAAAAGGUUCAGUUGCGCAAAAUCUGUUUCGGCAUCCGUUUUAUCCGUUGCAACGCCUUUGUUCGCGUUAUCGCAUGUGCAUAAUAUUUAAAAAAUGGCCAUAAAAUUUUACUUUCGAGGCUCGCCAAAACCCCCAAACCCCAACUAUAUACUGUGAUGCGCUUUACUUGUGUUGUGUAUUGUUGCUCCGCAUAUUCGCUUGUAUUUGUGUUUGCUAUUAGUGUUGAUAGGGAUUUGAGUUUAAGCGUGUUUAUCGUAACCAAACGCUAAAAAGGGGGGAAUAGGAUACUUGGUGCUGCGUCAGCCGGUCGCAGAUAUUUAAAGGGCAAAGAAUGUAACCUCUUCAUUACUCACUCAGCUGCAUAUCUUCCAUGCUGUGGCACGCAGUAACACGCAACAGGACAAAAGGAAGCGACGCUUUAAGGACUCUCCACCCAAGCUUAUCACGAUAGAGUGAUCACGCUAGAGUAAAUAGGCGGCGCAAAUCCUAUCCACAAUUGUUAACACAAUGGGAACGGGGCAGGACGGUGCGUGGAAGACUUUCUUGAGGUUUGGGAUGGGGGAAAACUUCCCACUUUUUUGAGGAUCGUAUUAUAUACACACACAUACACAAACACUUACAACACCUAUACACGCAUCCUUUACACGAAACACUAUAGCUGCGCGAGUGGGUCAAUGAUCAUUGCCGUGCCUGCGUGGUCAUUUGGAAUGCUUACCACACAAGAAAACCGACAACCGAACGUGUUUUAGCCACACAUUUCCUUAUGCAAACGGUGCAAAACCAAUCAACGCAACACUAACGCCUGGUGUGGACUGCGAGCAUCAUUUAAAAAUGAUAAUAAAAGUAUAACAAAUCAUAUAAAAAAAAA